GCGUUUUGGGGUUUCUGCUGCUUCUUCGUGGAGUUUAUGCCGCCGCCCGUUUUCUUCUUCCUCUUCGCCGGAACGGACGCCGACGCCGACGCCGGCCUUCGCCUCUGCCCCUCUCUUCUUCUCCUCUCGCCGGCAGAAGCUUCUAGUCGCCAUUCCUCUUCUCCUCCUCUACUCUCCCUUGCAGCGUCGGCGAUAGCCUCUCCUCUUCUUCCUCCUUGCGAUACCGCCGCCGGCCACUGCUCCCUCGCCUUCUCUUUCGCUCUCAAGUCUCUCCCCCUCCCCCUCCCCCUCCCCCUCGCGCCUCAACCCACGGGAUUGACUCGCCGGAGCAGGAGCAGCAACGGAACCGCCCCUCUCUUUCUCUCCUUCCUCUCGUCGGUAGCGUUCUUGUCUCCUCCUGGCUGCGCCGCUGCCGGCAGACCGCCGCCCCUUUUCUCGCUCUCAUGCACGCCGCUGCCGAGGCCGGGACAGAACCAUCUCCUCUCUCCCGGUCCAUACGCAGCAGCUUCUCUCGCCGGCAGUCAUCGGGCACUGCGGUCCUGCUCGCCAACGCAGCUUCCGACUCUUCACGCCUCCGUGUGCUGUGCCUUCCCUAACCAGCAGCCCCCCACACGCCCAACAGUCCACGUGCCGGCCGUCCUUACGUCGAUUUCGUCUCGGCUCUGAUUUCAUUUCGCUGCGUGUCGACCUUCGUGCCGUUAUCUCGUUCCAGCCAUUCCAGCUUCAUGUGUUAUGGUGUUUUAGCCUUUGUGCCUUGGUUAUUGUUGAGUGUCACUGAUUUAAUCGUAUUCCGCUCCUGUUGUUAGUUCUCGGCCUGCGUGCCGAUAUUAGUUCCCGGCCUGCGCGCCGAUAUUAGUUCCCGGUCUGCGUACUGGUGUCUUAUCCCGGUCUACGUACCGAUCUCGUGUCCCGGUCUGCGUACCGGUGUCUUAUCCCGGUCUGCGUGCUGAUGCCGUAUCCCGGUCUACGUGCCGAUAUUAUAUCCCGAUCUGCAGCUCGUCCUCCGGGUUCAUGCUUCGUUCAGCUUCUCGUCGUCAGAUCCAGCUCUCCAGCCUAAUUGGAGUCAUCUACUCUUCCGGGUCGCGACAGCUCGAGCCGCGUCCCAUCAGAGGGCGCCCCCUGGGCCAAGGUACGUUUUCCGUUCAUAUUUCAUACGCAUUUCAUUAUUUUAUGGCUUAGUCUUGUACUCAUAUAUUCGUUGGAUCUGCCUCGAGCAUCGGGGUACCUGGGGCCGGGUCACCCGGUCGCUGGCUGUAGGUAGCGUUGACCAGAGGACUUUUGGAGACUUGGUCAACAUGGGAGUCAUCUCAGCACACACCCCCUCCGGGACGUCGCGACUUCGUCAACAUUCCUCGCCACCUCCCCCGACGGUCCGUCCGACGCAGCUUCCGGACCGGAUCAAUUUGGCGUCGUCUGUGGGAAAUCUUCUCCACCUGUUCUGGAACGUGAAGAUGGACGACGUCGGGAGGUUCUCUUCUAUUAUCACAGCCCUGGAGGAUCCUGACAUAUAUAUCAUCUUUGGCCCCCACUGCACGGGUAUUCGGGAGUCGAGGAAUUGAGCGGAGCUUCAACUGGCCGACAGCCGGUUGGCAAGGCUCCCCGAUCAGGCUAGGGACCUUACUCUCCAAUCAGGGACCAGGGAUUCAGCUCCCCGAUCAGGCUUUGCUUUCUUCAACCACGGGCUCAUAUUAUCAUCUUCUCCCCUCGCUCCACGGGUAUUCGGGAGUUGAGGGAUCAAGACAGAUCCGCAGUCGGUUGGCACCACACCGCUGUCAGGUAUGACAUAAGCUUUAUUUCCUCAUGCUGCUACAUGCUUCACUUUUACUAGCUUCAAAGCUUAUCCUUCCCCGUUCGA